AUGGUGAUGAAGCUAGGUGCAAGCAUUGUAAUUUGCAUAUGGCUACUCUUGGUUAUAUUGUCACCAAUCACUGAAUCAUCAUCAUCCAAUGAUGAUUCAAACCCUGCUGUUCUUGACACAGAUGGUAACCCAAUUCAAAGUGAUGCUGAGUACUAUGUUAGGCCAGCAAUCACUGAUGUUGGAGGCUAUUUAACAUUGAUUGAUAGAUUUGGUAAUGGGUCAUGCCCUUUAUAUGUUGGUCAACCAAAUGUUAUUGUGGACAACAAAAUUUCCAUAAAGUUUACACCUUUCAUUGAAGGGGAAACUGUGAUCAGAGAGAACAGGGAUUUCAAGGCUGUUUUUCAGACAUUGACUACAUGUGUUCAGUCAACGCAAUGGAAGGUUGGAGAGGUUGACCAAGAGAGUGGAAGAAGGUUGAUUGUGGCUGGUUAUGAUGAAGGGAUUGGAGGUUACUUUAGAAUUGAAAAGGGCAAUUUGGGUAUUUACAAUUUUGCUUGGUGUCCCUUGGAUGUGUGUCCAAAUUGUAGGUUGAAUUGUUCACCUGUGGGUGCUUUCAUUAUUGAUGAGAAUAGGAACAGGUUGUUGGCUUUGGAUGGUAACACUCUUCCUGUGCAAUUUGAGAAGGCUAAUGAUGUGUCUUCUAUCUAG